CCCAAGACUUUGCCCGUCAUCAGGUGUCCAAACUACAACGAAACAAUUUCUGUUCUUCCUCCGUAUCACCACUACACGCAACAAUGGCUCCUCCAGCAUUAAACAAGACCAACCUCCACCCCAGUGGCUUAAAACCCCACACCAAAAGCCACACUGAAAUCGAAGAGGAGCUCCACGACAAGGCGCACAUUGACUAUGAUCGCGUGGCUAUUGUCGCCAACCCUUCAGUCGCAGCCCUCUACGAAGAUGCGCUUGUAUACGAGACUGGUUCUGCUAUCACAGCAUCAGGCGCACUUUCAGCAUACUCAGGAGCCAAGACCGGCCGCUCACCCUCAGACAAGCGCAUCGUCGAGGAAGAUUCAUCGAAAAACGAUGUCUGGUGGGGACCCGUGAACAAGCCCAUGACCCAAGACGUCUGGCGCAUCAACCGCGAGCGUGCCAUUGACUACCUCAACACCAGGAACCGCAUCUAUGUCGUCGAUGGGUUUGCCGGCUGGGAUGAGCGUUACCGGAUACGCGUCCGUGUCGUGUGUGCUCGCGCCUACCAUGCGCUCUUCAUGCGUAAUAUGUUGAUUCGCCCGUCGAGAGAGGAUCUGGAGCACUUCCAUCCUGACUACGUCAUUUACAAUGCUGGUGCUUUCCCCGCCAAUAGGUACACUAGCGGUAUGACUUCGUCGACGUCCGUUGCUAUCAACUUUGCCGAUAAGGAGAUGGUCAUCCUCGGCACGGAAUAUGCCGGUGAAAUGAAGAAAGGAAUCUUCACAGUGCUCUUCUACGAGAUGCCUGUCAAACACAAUGUCCUUACUCUGCACUCAUCUGCAAACGAGGGUCAGAACGGCGACGUCACGGUCUUCUUCGGCCUGUCAGGAACGGGCAAGACUACCCUGUCUGCCGACCCUAAGCGUGCUCUGAUCGGUGACGACGAGCACUGCUGGAGUGACACUGGUAUCUUCAACAUUGAGGGCGGUUGCUACGCCAAGUGCAUUGGCCUGUCCGCUGAGAAGGAGCCUGAUAUCUUCAGCGCUAUCCGAUUCGGUUCUAUCCUCGAGAACGUUGUCUUCGACCCCACCACACGUCUUGUCGAUUACGAUGAUGACACCCUGACCGAGAACACUCGUUGUGCCUACCCUAUCGAGUACAUUGAGAACACCAAGAUCCCAUGUAUCUCCAACAACCACCCCAAGAACAUCGUCCUCCUGACCUGCGAUGCCCGCGGUGUCCUUCCCCCAAUCUCCAAGCUCAACCCCGAGCAGACCAUGUACCACUUCAUCUCCGGAUACACCUCCAAGAUGGCCGGUACCGAGCAGGGUGUUACCGAGCCCCAGGCCACUUUCUCCUCUUGCUUCGCCCAGCCUUUCCUUGCCCUUCACCCCAUGCGCUACGCCAAGAUGCUUGCGGAGAAGAUCAAGGAGCACAACGCCGAUGCAUGGCUCCUCAACACCGGCUGGGUCGGUGCCGGUGCUACCACUGGUGGUAACGCUGCCCUCUCAAGUACACUCGCGCCAUCCUAGACGACAUCCACUCCUGCGAGCUCGCAAAGUUCGAAUUCGAGACCUACGAGACCUUCGGUCUGUCGGUGCCCAAGACUUGCCCCAACGUCCCCGACGAGCUGCUCAACCCUGCCAAGUCAUGGAACGGCACUGCUGACUUCAAGGGUGAGGUCGAGAAGCUUGGCCGCCUAUUCAUGGAGAACUUCAAGAAGUACGAAGAUGAGGCCACCGAUGACGUCCUGAAGAGCGGCCCCCACGUAUGCUGCUGCCCCAAGCAUUAAAGCACAGAGAAACCUUUUCUUUCUUACACCUUACAGACUGAGUAACGCGGUCGAUCGAGUCGACGUCAGCGAUAUUUCAUAAUACCUUCUUAUCUCCUUUUUUGUGGUUGCGGGUAUGAAUACGCCCGCUGAUGGAAUGGUUUUUCAUUUUCAUGUCUUUAGUCUUGCGGCAUCAUACCUCUUGUGUUACUUGGAGUUGGUUACGACAUUGCAUCAGUGGAGCAGUUGACGAUGAGAUACACCCGGAGAGAAGAGAAAAGUAGAGAGAGAGAG